UCUCCCCCCGCCCUCCCCUCCCCUCCCGGGCUCCCCCUCCCUCCUGCCCCGCACCCACGUGAAGCGGAAUAUAAAGGGGGGUGUGAGACUAGAGGGGAGAGUGAAUGGCGGAGGACUGAAGGGGGCCCCCCUUCGGGUCCCCGGCCGCCCUGUUCACCCUCGUUCAUCCUCCCUUCCCGAAGCUCGCCCUCGGAGGCAGGAGCGGCCGGCGCUUUCGGCUGCGGAGGAGGAGGAGAAGGAGGAAUCGCGCCCGGAGGAGCGUCAGGUCCCGUUUUCUUCUCCGGCGUUUUGAAUACAAAGAUUACGGUGCAGAAGGAAAUUGCACUCGCCUCCUCCGCCCCCCGGUACCCAACACAAUGCACCAGCCGCCUGAGUCCACCGCCGCGGCGGCCGCCGCUGCAGACAUUAAUGCUAGGAAGAUGGCGCACCCGGCAAUGUUCCCUCGAAGGGGCAGCGGUAGUGGCAGCGCCUCUGCUCUCAAUGCAGCAGGUACCAGCGUUGGUAGUGCUGCCACCACUUCUGAGGAUUUUCCGCCUCCGUCGCUGCUCCAGCCGCCGCCUCCUGCAGCAUCUUCCACGUCGGGACCACAGCCUCCGCCUCCACAAAGCCUGAACCUCCUUUCUCAGGCUCAGCUGCAGGCACAGCCUCUUGCUCCAGGCGGAACUCAGAUGAAAAAGAAAAGUGGCUUCCAGAUAACUAGCGUUACUCCAGCUCAGAUCUCUGCCAGUAUCAGCUCUAACAACAGUAUAGCAGAGGACACUGAGAGCUAUGACGAUCUGGAUGAAUCGCACACGGAAGAUCUCUCUUCUUCCGAAAUCCUUGAUGUGUCACUUUCCAGGGCUACUGACUUAGGGGAGCCAGAACGCAGCUCCUCAGAAGAGACUCUGAAUAACUUCCAGGAAGCUGAGACACCUGGGGCAGUCUCUCCCAACCAGCCCCACCUUCCCCAGCCUCAUUUGCCUCACCUUCCACAACAGAAUGUUGUGAUCAAUGGGAAUGCUCAUCCACACCACCUUCAUCACCACCAUCAUAUUCAUCAUGGGCACCACCUUCACCAUGGGCACCAUCAUCCAUCCCAUGCUGCUGUGGCCAGUGCAUCCAUUCCUGGAGGGCCACCCUCAAGCCCAGUGUCCAGAAAACUCUCUACAACUGGAAGCUCUGAUGGUGUUAUGCCAGUUGCACCAGCUUCUGCUGUAUCAUCGAGUGGCUCACCUGCAUCUGUAAUGACUAAUAUCCGUGCACCAAGUACUACAGGCGGUAUAGGUAUAAAUUCUGUUACUGGCGCUAGUACAAUGAGUAAUGUUAACAUUGCUGCUGUGAGUAGUUUCAAUCCUAAUGUGACAAGCAGCAUGCUUGGUAAUGCUAAUAUAAGUACAAGCAGUAUUCCUAGUGCUGCUAGUGUAAGUGUUGGGCCUGGUGUUUCCAGUGGUGUUAACGUGAGUAUCUUGAGUGGCAUGGGCAAUGGUACUGUUUCUUCCUCCACUGUUGUUAACAGUGUUCCUAAUGCAGCUGCAGGGAUGACUGUGGGAUUGGCUUCAAGUCAGCAGCAGCAACAACCAACAGUUAACACAUCAAGGUUCAGAGUUGUGAAGUUAGAUUCUACUUCUGAGCCUUUUAAAAAAGGUAGAUGGACUUGCACUGAAUUCUAUGAAAAAGAAAAUGCUGUACCUGCUACAGAAGGUGUGGUGGUAAAUAAAGUGGUGGAGACUGUAAAACAAAACCCGACAGAAGUGACUUCUGAGAGGGAGAGCACUAGUGGGAGUUCAGUGAGCAGUAGUGUCAGCACACUGAGUCACUAUACAGAGAGUGUGGGCAGUGGAGAGAUGGGAGCCCCUGCUGUGGUGGUGGUGCAGCAGCAGCAACAACAACAACAACAACCACCACCACCACCACCACAACCAGCUCUUCAAGGUGUGGCCCUCCAACAGAUGGAUUUCAGUAGCACUGGUCCACAGAGUAUUUCAGCAGUCAGUAUACCACAGAGUAUUUCUCAGUCACAGAUGUCACAAGUACAGUUACAGUCUCAAGAACUGAGCUAUCAACAAAAGCAGGGUCUUCAACCAGUACCUCUGCAAGCCACUAUCAAUGCUGCAACUGGUAUCCAGCCAUCAUCUGUAAAUGUGGUUGGUGUAACUUCAGCUUUAGGUCAGCAGCCUUCCAUUUCCAGUUUGGCUCAACCCCAACUGCCAUAUUCUCAGACGGCUCCUCCAGUGCAAACUCCCCUUCCAGGGGCACCACCCCAACAGUUACAGUAUGGACAACAACAACCAAUGGUUUCUACACAAAUGGCCCCAGGCCAUGUUCAAUCAGUGACUCAAAAUCCUACUCCAGAAUAUGUACAGCAGCAGCCAGUUCUUCAAACAGCAAUGUCCUCUGGGCAGUCCAGUUCUGCAGGAGUGGGAACAGGAGCAGCAGUGAUUCCUGUGGCUCAGCCCCAGGGUAUCCAACUGCCAGUCCAGUCCACAGCAGUCCAAGCACAACCUGCAGGGGCAUCUGGCCAGCCUGUUGGCCAGGCUCAAACAGCAGUGUCUGCUGUACCUACUGGCACUCAAAUUGCAAAUAUUGGUCAACAGGCAAACAUACCUACUGCAGUGCAGCAGCCCUCUACCCAGGUUACACCUUCAGUUAUUCAGCAAGGUGCUCCUCCAUCUUCACAAGUAGUUCCACCUGCUCAAACUGGGAUUAUUCAUCAGGGAGUUCAAACUAGUGCUUCAAGCCUUCCUCAACAAUUGGUUAUUGCACCCCAGAGUACCUUGUUAACUGUGCCUCCUCAGCCACAAGGAGUAGAACCAAUAGCUCAAGGAGUGGUUUCACAGCAGUUGCCCGCAGUUGGUCCUUUGCCCUCUGCUAGUAGUAUUUCUGUUACAAAUCAGGUUAGUUCAACUGGUCUUUCUGGAAUGCCUUCUGCCCCAACAAACUUGGUUCCAUCACAGAAUAUAGCACAAGCCCCUGCUACCCAAAAUGGUAAUUUGGUUCAAAGUGUUAGUCAACCUCCCUUGAUAGCAACUAAUAUAAAUUUGCCUUUGGCACCACAGAUACCACUAAGUUCUACUCAGUUCUCUACACAAUCAUUAGCUCAGGCAAUUGGAAGCCAAAUCGAAGAUGCCAGGCGCACAGCGGAGCCCUCCUUAGUUGGCUUACCUCAGACUAUCAGUGGUGACAGUGGGGGAGUGUCAGCAGUUUCAGAUGGGAGUAGCAGCAGCCUAGCAGCCUCUGCUUCUCUUUUCCCGUUGAAGGUGCUACCGCUGACGACACCCCUGGUGGAUGGCGAGGAUGAGAGUGCUUCUCUCCUACCAGAGGUGCAAGGAGUGAUCCUAGAACCACAGAUUCAGCCAAGACCACGGAGAGCUUUUGACGUCAGGGGUCCACUUUCUCUACUGAACCCUUGGAGACAGAAUAUCCAGCUUCUGGAGAGAGUGGGAAAGGAUUAUAAACAAGUGGGUGCUUUCCAUUAUUUACUUGGGUUUAUUUAUAGAUUGGAGUGUCCUUCCAUUGCCCAUUUUAUUCUAUUGGUAAAAAUCCUUGGGUUCAUAUUAAGAACCAGGUGGGGCUACAAUCUGUUUGUUUUUCUGAAUGCAAAGUAGUGCCCAUUCCAAAAUAGAAAACUUAAGUUUAUUUAAUUUUCUCUCCAGAUAAUUAAAGCAGUAGAUGAUUUGGAGCACGUGAUUUGGUGAAUGCCUGUGUAGUCCACAGGAAUUUUUAAAAGGAGUAUUUACCCAUUGUAGCCUUUAUGGUAAUAGUGGACUUCUAAGUGCUCUUUUACAUUCUAAUAAUUCGAAAAGUUCUGUAUUUCAUCUUUGGGCAAGCUGGACAUCUGAAAUCUCUUAAUUUAUACAGUCAGAUGUCUAAGUGUUAUCCUACCCUGUUAGUGAGAACUUUUUGGUCUUUUCCUACCUCAAAUGUUAGGACUUAUUAUUAGAUCAUUUAGAAGAUGCAAUGAUAGUACUGUUAUGGUUUUACUAUCAAAUCCAGGUUUCAUUACCAAAUGAGUAUAAGUUUCAGGAUAUAAUAUCCCUGAAAACUGUAUUUAUUAUACUCAAAAGUAGUUUUCUAGUUCUGAGGAAUAAUGUUAUUUGUAGUAGAAGAGCCUUUUGCUAGAUUUUCCCCAUGGCAUUAAGAUGGUUUUUUUCUUAGUUUCUUUGAUGCCAAGGGUAGGAUUUGAUUCCAGGAAGUUCUUAUUAUCUACAAUGGGUAGAAUGUGAACUUGGUGCCUGUGGCAAGUUUUCAUUUUUCCUUGGUGGAUUCCUUCUGUGACUCCAGGUAUCUUGAUAAUGGGAGACCGGUUUAUUUGUUCUCUAAUUGCCCAGAUUUCUUUCAACUGGUAAAACAUCAUACUUCUUCAGCAAAAGGAAUUCUUCUAGCAGAGCCUUCAUGGAUGAUAUCUGUCACACAUGCCAGCACCUGCAGUUUGGAAGGCAGUGGUGAAUGGAUCCAUGCAAUAUGUGUAGAAGACACAAGGAUGAGCGAGCAACCUGAUCUUGUUAUUUAUAAACUUUUAAGAUUUACUCUGGUUUACUCUUGUCCGAAAAUGAAAAGGCUCAAAUAAUGAAAUAAUCUUUUGAGAUUGGAGUUUUACAUGGCCAUGAAAAUAUUCCUUUCUAUUCAGAAGACUGAAAUAGAGGAAGCUUGAGAGAUUCCUUUCUUUUAAAGCAGCUCUCUGUAUGUUUCAUUUAUAAGAUUUGUGGGACUGAAAAUCACCUUAAUGAAGUAGGCAAACUUUUUAAAAUAGUAUAGGAAAUCCAAAAAAAGUCAUGAAUUUUUUUUGUUAUUGGCACUGAAAAGAACAAAUAAACAAAGGUUGAAUUUCUUAAUUACUUCAGAAUUACUUUUAAUAUUAGUUUUAAUCUUUAGCUCAUCUUUUGCUGAUCUUGAGCCUUAUUCUUAUUUGUCAAAUCAACAAAACUGUAGUAUAGAAAUAGAAGAGACAUUUUUGAGAUCAGAGUAGCUUGGUCUGUCUUCUAAAGUAAUAAAUACCUAUUAAACUUGAGGUAUUGUUCUACACUGAAAGCAAGCUAAAGUUUGAAUGAUGCUGUCACAUAGCAGUAAUUUACAGAGCAAGGGCAAGUUGUGAUAUUAGAAUAAGCCAAUAGGUGUGAAUACAUGUUGCAAAAUACAUAUCCCAACUGUCAGUCAAGAGAAACAGUUAUCAAAAUGUUUGUUUCUUUUGGUCUAUUAACUGGUCAGUCAAAAGCUAUUAAAGAACUUUUUAAAAGUCA